AUGAGGCUAUUCCGGCAACAGGCUCGAAUUGGUCAGGCUAACGGCCUUGGUCCUCCUGAUACCCAGGACGCGCGUUCUAUGGGCAAGCAAUGGGGCCUCGUUAAUAAUAUUUGGACGAUUUCGCCUUUUGAAACAGAGACUGGACGACGGGAGCAGGGACCUCAAACCCUAUUACGCUACUCAUCAAUGAUACGGUAG